AUGCGUUUCGCCUCCGUAAAAACAGUUGAACAAGAUUGCAACUACAAUGCCCUCCCAUUCCGAAUGUUCAGUCAUCCCCUAGAUAUCAAUUUUACAGAAUUCGUGGAAACCACCAAACCCCGCAGGAGGAACUUUGAACCAAUCAAUGUGUAUCCAUAUUCAUAUUUACAACCUGUCGCAAAUAUUUGUAAAUCAACAAAAGGUAUAUUUCUCUUGUUUAUGAUCAAGUCCGCGCCUGGAAAUUUUGAUCAAAGACAAGUUAUCAGGAAAACUUGGACUAAUCAGGUGUAUUUUGAAGAAGACACCAUCCGCCAUGUGUUUUUGCUUGCAAGAUCUAUGAAUAAAACGAUAAAUCAUCAUCUUUCAUUGGAGAAGUUGGUGUAUGGUGAUAUCGUGGAGAUGACUUACGUCGAUGAUUAUUACAAUAACACCUACAAGACAAUGGGGGGCAUCAACUGGUGUGUCAGAUAUUGUUCUAAAUCUAAGUUUGUAAUGCUGGUGGACGAUGACUUUUACGUCGCCACGGAUUACCUACUAAAUUACCUACACGGGUUACCUCAAAACAAAUCCCGGUCUCUCUUUGCUGGUCACGUGUCGACUCAAGAUCGCCCACAGAGAUGUCGAUUUCAGAAAUGGUACAUUUCUAUUUCAGACUAUCCAUUCACUAGGUACCCUCCAUUCAUAAAUGCUGGCGCUAUAAUUAUGUCAAUGGACUUUGUUAAGAGACUCCAGAUUGCAAUGCAGUAUACUAAAGUGUUUAAGUUUGACGAUGUCUUUCUAGCAAUUGUUGCAUAUAAACUCAAUGUUAAACCCAUAAACAUCAAAGAAAUCAAUCUAGAUCCUGUUUACUUUCAGGGUAAAAUGUUCAAUACUCUGUUGGCCUCUCAUGGAUAUGGGGAUCCAAUCAGGUUGUGGAAAGCAUGGUAUCGCCAUCUGUUUCCCGAUAUGAAAAAAUUUCAGUAA